AUGCAUCACGAGCUCUUCCUGGCGCUUCUAGGGCACACUGGCGACGUCGUGGAACGUCGUGUCGACGGGUUCUUCGUGCGCGCCGACGCUCCGUUUCUAUCACAAGCGCAACGCAGUGUUCUGAACCAGCUCCUGCCACUCGGAUGGUCGUUUUCGAACUUAAACGAAUUCAUUCGGGUCGCGCCGCAGCUCCCAAGCGUCUACCUCCACGCAGUAACUCAAGCACUCGAGCGGUUUUUGUACCGGUAUACCGACGCAAUUGUCGCACUGGAAGCCAAGACGUUGCAAGCCAAGGCUGUGGGUCCCUUGACGAGCGCUCUGAUCGACCUCGACGAGUUUGUUGAAGUGCUGCCGCAAGUUGAUCGACUCGUGCAGCGACUGGUAGGGACGCACCAACAAGUUAACUGGAAAGAGCAUGUGACAUGUGUGAAAGGUGCCGAGCUCCUGAGUCUUGUGUAUGGAAGCUCGAGAUCGGGGUUUCCACGAGUGCAGAAGGUCAUGCGAGAGCUACUGCAUUGCUGUCAUCGAGUUUUGUUCAAGCAAAUGAUGACGUGGAUGGUGCAUGGUGAGAUUGUGGACCCGUAUGGAGAAUUUUUCAUCAAGAGAAAACACGUGAACGCGGAAGCGACGAAGAAAAACACGGUGUCGUCGUGCAACAUGCAGGACAGCAAGACGGCUGCGAUAUUGUGGCAUCAGCAGUUUGUGAUCGACUUGGAGGCCGUACCGCUGGAGUAUUUUCCCACGUCGGUAGCAGAGAGUGUGUUUGUGAUUGGCAAGGCUGUGCAGAUCUUGACACGAGCGAACCAGUUUUCCCCGCGCGAGGUGCACGAUAUCGUCGUGUUCAUGUCUGAGUUAGCACAGCGUCCUACUUUUGACGUGGUAGCAGUUGAGCACGAGGUGGAAAAAGUGCGUCGUCAUGUUGCUAGCAGACUGCAUCAAGAGGUGGUAGUCAAGUCGGACUUUGUUGGGUAUCUGCGCGCGCUGAAAGGAUUCUUCCUGCUGUCCCGCGGAGAGAUAUUUCAGACUUUUAUUGAGCGUAGUUUCGACAUGAUGCUUGUCAAGCCAACGAUUCGGUCGGAAGAGGACGUGAACCAUGGCAUCUGGCGAGAGGUUGUGCGGAACUUGAUACCACAAGACGAACCUUGGAGCCAAGAAUUCGAUAUGCAGCUUCCGCUCCAAACGUUCAAACUCGCGGACUUCUCGUCAACUGAUGGUCUGGUGGUAUUCAAUGUUUCACGAGGACCACAGGGCAAGUUUUCGGCAAAGAACUUGGCCACAGAAUCGACUGACGCGCAAGCAAUGUCUGAAAUGGAAGAAAACAGCACCGUUUGGUGGCACCACGCACAGGUAGAUGACGACUCUUUUUCUUCCGAGCUUGCUUUGCAAUGGGAGCCCAGUGCAUUUUGCAGCGGCAGCCAUCGCGCAGCUCUUUUGCUCCGAAACGAAGGCCAACUGGGCUCGGCGGCGUUAGUCAAUGGAUCAUUCGAGCUCGAUGAUCCGCAUGCAUCGUACGUCAGCGUGGACCUUGCGAUCGAACGUCUGCCAGGCAACACGAACGCGAUGCGUGUGAUGGCUCAAGUAAAACCAUCGUGCGAACGAGAGAGCGGCAUCCCGCCUUCACCUGUUGUAGAAAUCUCCAUGGCUGAUAGCGCCGCUCCAGCAGUCCGGGUUUGUAUCCACUAUGCCCGCCGAGAAGUUACAGUGGCAUCGUCGGCGCAGGUCCUGUACAAGAAGACGAUGGUAGUACUCAUGAAUGACGUGCUGGUUUUAGAGUCACCAAUCGAUCUGCAAGAAGUACUGAGGUUACAUGCCACUGCCGGCGAUUACUUCGUUGGAGUCGCAUUUUCGUCACUCGUACGGCUCUCAAGCUGGCGCUUGGACAAGUUCUCGGCCAAAUCAAGUUGGCGUGAAGGCAGCGGCGUCGAUCGGAUCGACCACAGCACGGCAGUAUCACCGCGUGAGUUGUGGCGUACACUCAAUUUGCGUUGCGCUGUAGAAUGGCCACUGCAACUACUCGUGACACCGGACCUGUUGCGCUCCUAUGGACACCUCUUUCGCUUCUGCUUUCAGCUGAAACGUGUAGCGCAUGCUCUCGAACGAGCAUGGAAAAGUAACACGCUGCGUUCGAAGCAUACUGCCAUCAAUGGCGCAAUCUUCGCUGCUGGGGCGCUACGUAUCCGCAUGAGCUUCGUCGUCCGCACGCUCGAGCUCUAUUUCCAGGUAUUCGUGAUCGAGAGCAAGUUCCGCAAGUGCGUCGCGCAGGUUGAAGCGGCUGACGACUUUGACCGCGCGAAACGCGUGCACGAGACGUUCGUCGCAAGUGUCGUCAAGAGCUGCUACGUGCACUCGAAGACCGUUGCAUCGGCGCUGAGGGAAUUGCUGGGCUGCUGCUGGCAGUUUGCCGACUAUGUGUUGACGCUCCAGCAGCAGAACAACCACGUCGCAGGGCUCUCGGUAGAUCGCAUUGCGUUGCUGGACCACGAGUUUCACCGCCGCUUUGAGUUUCUCUACAGCGUGUUGCAAGUAUCCGAAGCUCGGGACUUGCUCUUCCUGCUCGACAGCAAUGGAUUUUUUGCCGCCGAAAGGGAACAGAAGAAGCAGCAGCUGCAACGGUAA